UCACUCAUCAACUCACUCAUCAACUAACCAACUCACUCACCAACUCACUCACUCACACACCAACUCACUCACUCACCUACUCACUAACCCACCAACUCACUAACCCACCAACUCACUCACCAACUCACUUACUCACCAACUCACUCACCAACUCACUCACUCAUCAACUAACCAACCCACUCACCAACUCACUCACCAACUAAUUCCCUAACUCACUCACCAACUCACCAACUCACUCACCAACUAACUCACUCACUCACCAACUCACUGACUCACAAAGUCACUCACGAACUCACUCACUCACUCACCAACUCACUCACCAACUCACUAACUCACUCACCAACUCAGUAACUCACAAAGUCACUCACCAACUCACUCACUCACCAACUCACUCACCAACUCACUCACCAACUCACUUACUAGCUCACUCACUCACCAACUCACCAACUCACUCACAAACUCACUCACUCACCAACUCACUCACCAACUCACUCACUCACCAACUCACUAACUCACAAAGUCACUCACAAACUCACCAACUCAGUCACCAACUCACUCACUCACCGACUCACUAACCCACCAACUCACUCACUCACUCACCAACUCACUCACCAACUCACUCACUCACCGACUCACUAACCCACCAACUCACUCACCAACUCACUCACUCACCAACUCACUCAUCAACUCACUCAUCAACUAACCAACUCACUCACCAACUCACUCACUCACCAACUCACUCACUAACUCACUCACCAACUCACUCACUCACCAACUCACUCACCAACUCACUCACCAACUAACUCACUCACUCACCAACUCACUGACUCACAAAGUCACUCACGAACUCACUCACUCACCAACUCACUCACCAACUCACUAACUCACUCACCAACUCACUCACCAACUCACUCACUAACUCACUCACCAACUCACUCACUCACCAACUCACUCACCAACUCACUCACCAACUCACUCACUAGCUCACUCACUCACCAACUCACCAACUCACUCACCAACUCACUCACCAACUCACUCACUCACCAACUCACUAACUCACAAAGUCACUCACGAACUCACCAACUCAGUCACCAACUCACUCACUCACCGACUCACUAACCCACCAACUCACUCACUCACUCACCAACUCACUCACCAACUCACUCACUCACCGACUCACUAACCCACCAACUCACUCACUCACUCACCAACUCACUCAUCAACUCACUCAUCAACUAACCAACUCACUCACCAACUCACUCACUCACACACCAACUCACUCACUCACCUACUCACUAACCCACCAACUCACUCACCAACUCACUCACCAACUCACUUACUCACCAACUCACUCACCAACUCACUCACUCAUCAACUAACCAACCCACUCACCAACUCACUCACCAACUAAUUCCCUAACUCACUCACCAACUCACCAACUCACUCACCAACUCACUCACUCACCAACUCACUUACUCACCGACUCACUCACUAGCUCACUCACUCACCAACUCACCAACUCACUAACUCACUCACCAAAUCACUCACUCACCAACUCACUCACUCACCAACUCACUCACCAACUCACUCACUCACCAACUCACUAACUCACAAAGUCACUCACGAACUCACCAACUCAGUCACCAACUCACUCACUCACCGACUCACUAACCCACCAACUCACUCACUCACCAACUCACUCACCAACUCACUCACUCACCGACUCACUAACCCACCAACUCACCCAGACUUGGCUUCGCAGUGUGUGUGGGGGUAUAAAUGACUCACCACGUCUAGAAUGUCGUGAGUAGGUAGGGGCUGGCCUGGCACACGGGGGGAGGAAGGUCCGUGGGUCGGUUUGGAUGAUACUGAAAGUGUCGUGGGAUUUCCUUCUUUUGACUGCAGAGACAAGGCGAGUCAAUACGAGACGAAGACGCGAUGUCAGACGAGGAGGACCUGGAGGGGGGCUAUGCUGUGGUGCUGUGCGGCCGACGCGACCUGCCCCAGGGGGCGACGCACGCCGAGCUCACACUGAGCUCACACCAACACAGAGACCAGGACAUGACGUGCAUUGUGGUCAAGGCGCCAUUUCUCGAUGUUUACGAACAGAUGACAAAAAUCCCAGAGAGUGAGAUAUUUUCAAAAAAAGACCUGAAAAUCGUAAAUGGAUCAGCAGCUUUGGGGAGGCGGCGCUACAUUCGCGAAUUCUCCUCCGAGCUGCUGGAGGAGGAGGCGGGAGGCAGCAGCGAGUGUGAGGAGUUUGAAGAUACCUGCACUACCUCUUACCUCAAAUGCUGCAAAACCAACCCCAACAUCAAUCCAGAGGCUGGGAUGCUUUCUGACAGAGAUUCAUCGAAGCGAGGAGCCAUGAACGGGAAGAUUGUGAACUUCAUGAUGCAGAACACGGAGAGACAGUUCCAGUGGCUGGAGCACCUUGAGCAGCACGUGAAGACGCACUUCCCUCUGCACGAGAAGCGAAUCCGGGAUAAUCUGAUGAAGCGUUGGGGACACAUCCGUGCCCUGUUCAAACUGCAGCCCCUCAACCUCGUCAGGGCGUACUAUGGAGAGCAGGUGUGCAUGUACUUUGCGUGGCUGGGCUGGUACACCCACAUCCUGCUGGUGUCCACCCUGGUGGGACUCGGGGUGUUCCUCUACGGAGUGGCCACCUUCAACUCCAACAUGGUCAGCAAGGAGGUGUGCGAAGCGACGGACAUUGUCAUGUGUCCCCUGUGUGACGAGGGCUGCCACUUCUGGAACCUGUCGGACACGUGCACCUUCGCCAAGGUCGCCCAUCUGUUCGACAACAGCGCCACUGUGUUCUUCGCUGUCUUCAUGGCCGUUUGGGCCACAGUGUUUCUGGAGAUGUGGAAGCGCUACCGGGCAGUGCUCACCUGCAGGUGGGACCUCCUGGACAUGGGGGAGGAGGAGGACGAGUUGGUGCUGCGUACGGUGACGCGCCGCUACGUGCCGGGCCGGCCACGCUCGCCCCGCCACAGUGGCACCGCCUUCCAGCAUCACCAGCCCCCCUCCUCCUCCUCGUCGCCCUCGGGACUCACGUGCCGCAAGGUCGUCUCGCUGGGCAUCAUCUCCAUCGUCUGCUUCCUCAUGAUCUGCGUCGAGAUCGUUGCUGCGUACGCUAUCGUGGCCUACCGCGUCCUCAUGCGGGACGUGCUCUCACGGAGAGUGGAGCCCGGAUUCUUCCGCAACAACGCCGGCCUCGUGGUGGUGGGGAGCGGAGCCAUCCUCCACUUCCUGCUCAUCCAGUGCAUGAACAAGGUGUGCGGCAUUGUGGCCUCAAAAUUGGCAAACAUCGGGAGCGUGUCGCGAGAGAAGAGGGAGCGACGAUUCUGCAUCUUCAUCUUCAUCUUCCAGUUCAUCAACCACUUCAGCUCCAUCUUCUACGUGGCGUUCUUCCUGGGCAGGUUCAUAGGGAGACCUGGCAACUACGCUCGCUGGUUUCAGUUGUACCGCCUAGAAGAGUGCCACCCCAGUGGAUGCCUCAUCGACCUGUGUGUCCAGAUGGCCAUCGUCCUCCUCCUGAAGCAGCUCUUCAACAACGCCUUGGAGUUCGGCCGCCCCUUCUGCUGCCGCAAGUUUGGUGGUUUGAGGGGGGGGGCCCAGGGGGGGGCCGAGGGGGCGCCCCCCGUGGGGGGCUGGGAAGACGACCUCCGCCUGGAGGAGCCUCCAGAGUACUUCCUCGCUUACGAGUACCUCGAGAUGGUGCUGCAGUUUGGCUUCGUGACGAUCUUCGUUGCGGCGUUCCCGCUGGCCCCGCUGCUGGCGCUCACCAACAACCUGCUGGAGAUCCGCAUCGACGCGUGGAAGCUGUGCGCAUCCUGGCGGAGACCCGUGGCCAGGAGAGCUCGCGACAUCGGAAUCUGGUUCGGGAUUCUGGAGUUCAUCGGCGUGGUGGCGGUGAUCACCAACGCGCUCGUCAUCGCCAUCACCUCCGACUUCAUCCCACGCCUCGUCUACAUCCACGCCUACGGUCCCUGUGCGGGGCAGGGGCAAUACCGGGCCAAGAGGUGUCUACAGGGCUAUGUGAACAGCAGUCUGUCCGUGUUCCACGUGCGCCACUUGGAGAACUUCACGCAGCCAGCGCAGCGCGCCGGAGACCCCGUCAACAACAACGAAUCCUACUGCAGGUACAGGGACUACCGCCACCCGUCCUUCUCAGAGCAGCAGUACGAGUUCACGCCCCAGUUCUGGUUCAUCCUCGCGGCGCGCUUCGCCUUCGUCUUCUUGUUCGAGCACCUGGUGGUGGCAAUCAAGGUGUGUGUGGCGUGGCUGAUCCCGGACAUUCCGCUCAAUGUCAAGACGCGCAUCCUGCGCAAGAAGAGGCUCAAGUACAAGAAGAAGCUCGCCGGGCUGGUGCAGGACCAGGAGAGUCGCCGACGCUCCGAGCAGCCCCCUCCGCCGGACGUCGAGACCUCGGUGUGAGGAGUGCCGAGUCCCAGCCGACUCGGUCUUGGCCGGUCACUCCCCGGGUCGUCCAACCGUUAACCCCGUCCAAGAAACCGGUUCGAGCCUUGUGGUCGAAACCGGUUAGCACUUCCGAGCGUCGGCGUCCGGAACAUUUGAAUCUACGUUGUUGUACGCGCGGCGGAGCUCUUUGGCGGCGUGUACGUAGUUACUUGCACUAAUUGGAGGUGCGGAGGAAGGGAUUUGAUACGAUGAGAACACCGACACAAGGAUGUCUCCAUGGCAAAGACGAUGCUGACGUCACUAGCUGGAGCACGUUUGUUUGCCACGAGCACGUGUGGGUUCAUGCAGAUUUGAUGCCCUGAAAUAACAGUAGGUGUGUCUCUCUUUGGUGUUUGAAUAUGGUAGUCGGUUUUUUGUCACCAUUUUGAUACCGUCAACAAAGUCCCAUCGACAGGAGCCUUGCAGUUGUGACCGUCUCUCCGAUCCGGCCGUUGUCGGCCUCGCGAGAUGAACUCGGUUGGUCCAAAAUUCUGUUCUGCAAAGCUUAACCUGCACCCGCUGUGGAACUGCUAUUCAGCCAAAUCCCACAACCAAACGUUUGUAUUGUAGCCGGUGAGGCCCACUGAGCCAGGCAGCUCUUUCUCAGAAGCAUCCUGCAUGUUACAAAUGAUCGCAGCCAACCAAGUUGCUGAUCUCAUCAUCACGGGGGGAUUUAUAGCAGCAGCCAAAUACUCGCACCGCCUGUUUCUAAAUGUGGAGGGAAAGACCGGAGCACUCGGAGAAAAUCCACGCAGCCACGGGGAGAAAGAGAGACGCAAACUCCAAAUAGACAGCAGCAGGCGUCAGGGUUGGGAUCGAACUCACGACCUCCUGUAGACCAGGCGAGGGAGAUGACAUCUCAUAGCCACUUACGUGCCAAUGCUGAGAAACCCCCCCCCCCCACCUGCCCCCCAACCCUACUGCUGGGAACAACAACAGUGGACAGGACCCUCCUGAAAAUAAAGCCAUGCGACUCGGUGAGGCUAGCCAUGGUUACACACACGGCCAUUGUGAACCCCGUCAGAAACGGAGAGAGACCCAGAAUCGGGCUUGAACUCGAUGUUUCGUGGGCAGUGGUUCAAGUGACACAGCCAUUAUGAACCCAAAGACAGAGACACCCAGAUCCAGGGCUUGAACCCAGGGUCUCAGUGCCAGUACUUUCGAGAGAAUGUGUGUGUACGUAUGUACGCAUGUUGAACUUCUUUGUGUAUGUAAGUGUGUACAUAUAUUGAACUUUUUUCACACCGUACGUAGUCAACACUGCUAGGACAACAAACUAAACACAAACCUCAUUUUAUAAAGAAACGAGUUUUCAAUCUAGAUGAUUUAAAAGUGAAUAGCUCCCAGUGUCUUCCUAAUAUCAGAAGGAAGAGCGGUCCAGACGGCCGCAGAAGCGUAUCUGAAAGAGCGUGAUGCGGUGACCAUCUACGUUCGAUGACAAGCCAGAAGCAGCUGCUCCGAGGAUGAGUCCAAGUGAGCCGAGUUGGAAGCUGGGAGAUUAUUGAUAAGGCCAACGUGGGGUCAUGUGCGUUGGGCAGUUGUCCCGCGUUCUGGAAUAAAUUUGUAACCCCUUUAAAACUGA